AUGAAAAGGGAGGGAUCUCGGAGCGAGAGUUCAGGUACUUCAGUAAGACUUGACUGGCUUUGAUGUGGCUCAGAUCUUCUAGGACUUAGUUUCCCCCCUUUGUUCUGUCAACACAAUCUAGGACACCACUGUCAAUGGAAAUGUGGAUGUCAGGCCAUGGGUUAACCUACAUGGGGGUUUCUAAACAUCCAGGAAUCUCUGAAGUUGCUUCCUCCACUUCCGCUAACAGCCAACCAGCGUGGGCUAAGUAAUAUCCAGGAAUCACGGGGGGGGACACCCAAAAACAUAAUUGUGAAACGUCACAUUUUUGCACUACUGCACUUUCUAGCCAAUGUAUCAAUUAACCUUUUACUGCAGUGGGUUAAAUCAGGUGUUUAUUGGUAGUCAUAAACAUAUCUACUCUGAAACAAAAGUAUACACCUAACACACAUGGUUAUGGGCUUACUAAAAGAAGACACCUAUACCAUAAUUUUGAGUUUGCAUUCCAAUUUUACAAUUUAUAUACCUCACAGAAGACUGAAAUGUAACUAAACCGUUUGACGUAGAAACUCUGUUAAAAAAAAAAGUGUAUUAAUUAUGAAAUUAUGAAAUGUUUCAAUAACAUUCCACCCAUGAGGCCACUAGGCCAUUUGACUGCAGGAAAGGGCUACACCUGUGUAUAUGUGGCUGACACUGGUCAAUCAAGAGCUCAGAACAGGGCACAAAUAUAUUUGCACUUUCCUGACUUUUGGUGAGUCACUUUAUAUAUAUCAUAUGACUUUUCUAUGUUGUAUUUUGUUGUAUCAUGGGUGGCAGUUAUAUCAGAAGCAUUUUAUUUGUCUACAUGCACACAUCCUCUCUCUAGAUAAAAUGGGGUCACAGAAGCGCUGAUACACUUCCCACAAGUAAGACUCUCUUGAGUCACAGCAGCAGACUAAGAACGACACCUUGACACUCUCUGACCAGACCACAUCAGAGGAAGCUAGGAACCACAUCACACAGAUUGUGACAUAACAAUAAGAGGCGGGGCCAGCAGGAAAGACACAGGAAGUUGGUGAGGUCCAUAAAAGGAAAGUAAUGUACAAUACCCGUAAGAUCCAAAGAUAAUGAACAGUAGUAUGUCUCUUUUAAAAGGUUGUGGUCAGUGGUGUAGUGGUGCCUGGAUAAGUGGGUAUUGUCACACCCUGAUCUGUUUCACCUGUCUUUGUGAUUGUCUCCACCUAAAAUGAUAAAUCCCAUAUUGGUCUUUCACAGUCAGGCCAACCCAUGCUGUACUGUGCAAGUAUGCUAAUAUUAGGUCUACUAUUGAAACAGAUUAAUGAGGCUAUCAACUGAGUCAGAAAUUCACAGGUUUUUACUCUCAAAGUCACACUUUUUUAUAUACACUACCGGUCAAAAGUUUUAGAACACCUACUCAUUCAAGGGUCUUUCUUUAUUUGUACUAUUUUCUACAUUGUAGAAUAAUAGUGAAGACAUCAAAACGAUGAAAUAACACAUAUGGAAUCAUGUAGUAACCAAAACAGUGUUAAACAAAUCAAAACAUAAUUUAUAUUUGAGAUUCUUCAAAUAGCCACCCUUUGCCUUGAUAACAGCUUUGCACACUCUUGGCAUUCUCUCAACCAGCUUCACCUGGAAUGCUUUUCCAACAGUCUCGAAGGAGUUCCCACAUAUGCUGAGCACUUGUUGGCUGCUUUUCCUUCACUUUGGGGGAUUAUGGAGGCCAUGUCAUCUGAUGCAGCACUCCAUCACGCUCCUUCUUGGUCAAAUAGCCCUUACACAGCCUGGAGGUGUGUUGGGUCAUUGUCCUGUUGAAAAACAAAUGAUAGUCCCACUAAGCCCAAACUACAGUGGGGAAAAAAAGUAUUUAGUCAGCCACCAAUUGUGCAAGUUCUCCCACUUAAAAAGAUGAGAGAGGACUGUAAUUUUCAUCAUAGGUACACGUCAACUAUGACAGACAAAUUGAGAUUUAUUUUCUCCAGAAAAUCACAUUGUAGGAUUUUUAAUGAAUUUAUUUGCAAAUUAUGGUGGAAAAUAAGUAUUUGGUCACCUACAAACAAGCAAGAUUUCUGGCUCUCACAGACCUGUAACUUCUUCUUUAAGAGGCUCCUCUGUCCUCCACUCGUUACCUGUAUUAAUGGCACCUGUUUGAACUUGUUAUCAGUAUAAAAGACACCUGUCCACAACCUCAAACAGUCACACUCCAAACUCCACUAUGGCCAAGACCAAAGAGCUGUCAAAGGACACCAGAAACAAAAUUGUAGACCUGCACCAGGCUGGGAAGACUGAAUCUGCAAUAGGUAAGCAGCUUGGUUUGAAGAAAUCAACUGUGGGAGCAAUUAUUAGGAAAUGGAAGACAUACAAGACCACUGAUAAUCUCCCUCGAUCUGGGGCUCCACGCAAGAUCUCACCCCGUGGGGUCAAAAUGAUCACAAGAACGGUGAGCAAAAAUCCCAGAACCACACGGGGGGACCUAGUGAAUGACCUGCAGAGAGCUGGGACCAAAGUAACAAAACCUACCAUCAGUAACACACUACGCCGCCAGGGACUCAAAUCCUGCAGUGCCAGUCGUGUCCCCCUGCUUAAGCCAGUACAUGUCCAGGCCCGUCUGAAGUUUGCUAGAGUGCAUUUGGAUGAUCCAGAAGAGGAUUGGGAGAAUGUCAUAUGGUCAGAUGAAACCAAAACAGAACUUUUUGGUAAAAACUCAACUCGUCGUGUUUGGAGGACAAAGAAUGCUGAGUUGCAUCCAAAGAACACCAUACCUACUGUGAAGCAUGGGGGUGGAAACAUCAUGCUUUGGGGCUGUUUUCUGCAAAGGGACCAGAAUGACUGAUCCGUGUAAAGGAAAGAAUGAAUGGGGCCAUGUAUCGUGAGAUUUUGAGUGAAAACCUCCUUCCAUCAGCAAGGGCAUUGAAGAUGAAACGUGGCUGGGUCUUUCAGCAUGACAAUGAUCCCAAACACACCGCCCGGGCAACGAAGGAGUGGCUUCGUAAGAAGCAUUUCAAGGUCCUGGAGUGGCCUAGCCAGUCUCCAGAUCUCAACCCCAUAGAAAUUCUUUGGAGGGAGUUGAAAGUCCAUGUUGCCCAGCAACAGCCCCAAAACAUCACUGCUCUAGAGGAGAUCUGCAUGGAGGAAUGGGCCAAAAUACCAGCAACAGUGUGUGAAAACCUUGUGAAGACUUACAGAAAACGUUUGACCUGUGUCAUUGCCAACAAAGGGUAUAUAACAAAGUAUUGAGAAACGUUUGUUGUUGACCAAAUACUUAUUUUCCACCAUAAUUUGCAAAUAAAUUCAUAAAAAAUCCUACAAUGUGAUUUUCUGGAUUUUCUUUUCUAAUUUUGUCUGUCAUAGUUGCCGUGUACCUAUGAUGAAAAUUACAGGCCUCUCUCAUCUUUUUAAGUGGGAGAACUUGCACAAUUGGUGGCUGACUAAAUACUUUUUUCCCCCACUGUAGAUGGGAUGGCGUAUCGCUGCAGAAUGCUGUGGUAGCCAUGCUGGUUAAGUGUGCCAUGAAUUCUAAAUAAAUCACAGACAGUGUCACCAGCAAAGUGGUAACACCUCCUCCUCCAUGCUUUACGAUGAGAAAUACACAUGCGGAGAUCAUCCGCUCACCCACACCGUGUCUCACAAAGACAUAGAUGUUGGAACCAAAAAUCUCAAAAAGGACAAAUUUCCACCUGUCUAAUGUCCAUUGCUCUUGUUUCUUGGCCCAAGCAAGUCUCUUCUUCUUAUUGGUGUACUUUAGUAGUGGUUUCUUUGCAGCAAUUCGACCAUGAAGGCCUCCUCUGAACAGUUGAUGUUGAGAUGUGUCUGUUACUUGAACACUGUGAACCAUUUAUUUGGGCUGCAUUUUCUGAGGGUGGUAACUCUAAUGAACUUAUCCUCUGCAGCAGAGGUAACUCUGGGUCUUCCAUUCCUGUGGCGGUCCUCAUGAGAGCCAGUUUCAUCAUAGCGCUUGAUGGUUUUUGCGACUGCACUUUAAGAAACUUUCAAAGGGUGGCUAUUUGAAGAAUCUCAAAAAAUAUAUAUAUUUUGAUUUGUUUAACACUUUUUUAUAAGUGUUAUUUCAUAGUUUUGAUGUCUUCACUAUUAUUCUACAAUGUAGAAAAUAGUACAAAUAAAGAAAAACCUUUGAAUGAGUAGGUAUUCUAAAACUUUUCACCGGUAGUGUAGAAAAACAACAAAAUUAGAUGUUCUAAGUCCAACGCUUAAACCACUUCAGGAGACCAGUUUGAGGUAUGGGAAAAAUCUAAGAUAUUUAGAUAUUUUAGUGUAGUUACUCUUUAAUUCAAGUGUGCAGGCACCUAGCAUUGUUGUUUGGUUAGCAUUUCUGUAGCACAUGAGAUUAAGUUUGCAAAACAAAUGGCCACCGGAUUGAUGCAAAUGCCAGGUAGAUUAUAUCAUUCUGCCAUGUAGGCAUAGGUUACUUUGUAGCUAGUUAACGUUUAAUUUAGCAGGUUUUUGGGAAAGCCUUUCCAUCUACCAGAAGGUUAGGCCUAUCAUUAGCAUCUAAAUAUGUUUCAUGUUCCUUUAAUUGUUUGAAACCUGGACGUUUUACUUCAUAUUAUGAAGCAUGUCUUAUCUUGCUUCAAAGUAGCCUAUAGCCAAAAUCCCACCAUAGAAACAUGUAGGCAAUUAUUUUAUAAAGACAUCCUCAUAUGCGUUCUCCUGCUCUAUUGGUUUUCUUUCAAAUGUAUUUAAUUGUCUAGCAUGAUAGUUGUUGCAUCUUUAUCGCUCCUCUUUCUACAUUUCUAACGGAUAUUCCCAUCUCUGUCCGCUUGCAUGUGCGGUGCGCAUUUUAGAACAGUGUUUUCCUGCUAAUUGCAUUUUGGCAGUGGUGUAAAGUACUUAAGUAAAAAUACUUGAAAGUACUACUUAAGUAGUUUCUUGGGGUAUCUGUACUGUACUUUACUAUUUAUAUUUUUGACUACUUUUACUUUUACUUCACUACAUUCCUAAAGAAAAUUAUAUACUUUUUACUCCAAACAUUUUCCCUGACACCCAAAAGUACUCGUUACAUUUUGAAUGCUUAGCAGGUCAGGAAAAUAGUCUAAUUCAAACACUUAUCAAGAGAACAUCCCUAGUCAUUCCUACUGCCUCUGAUCUGGCGGACUCACUAAACACAGGCUUUGUUUGUAAAUGAUGUCUGAGUGUUGGAGCGGCCCUGGCUAGAUAUCUGUCAAUUAAAAAAACUAGAAAAUGGUGCCGUCUGGUUUGGUUAAUAUAAGACAUUUGAAAUGAUUUAUACUUUUACUUUGAUACUUAAGUAUAUUUUAGCAAUUACAUUUACUUUUGAUACUAAAGUAUAUUUAAAACCAAAUACUUUUAGACUUUUACUGAAGUAGGAUUUUACUGGGUGACUUUCACUUUUACUUGAGUCAUUUUCUAUUAAGGUAUCUUUACAUUUACUCAAGUAUGACAAUUGGGUACUUUUUCCACCACUGCAUUUUGGAACAUUCGCGCAUAGGCCUACCGCUAUGUGCACAUUGCUGCGCCAAAAAUGUGAAGAAAUAAUACUUUAUCAACAUUUUAAACUGAGCAUUCUGAUCCGUUUCAUCAGCCUUAUUCAUUGAUACAUGUAUACCUCCACUACACUGAUACGCAUCAGUAGUGAUUAAGAAGUGCGUAUACACAAUGCCCACUGAAAGUGGGUGGGAGUGUAGCUCUCUCUCUCUCUCUCUCUCUCUCUCUCUCUCUCUCUCUCUCUCUCUCUCUCUCUCUCUCUCUCUCUCUCUCUCUCUCUCUCUCUCUCUCUCUCUCUCUCUCUCUCUCUCUCUCUCUCUCUCUCUACAUUUUUCUCCAUGGGACAGCAUCUGACUGUGUGCAUGUGAACAUUUCCGAGGUUGAGAGGGCUUGUCAAGGUAGUAGAUGUGGCCUGUUUUAAAAUAGGACAGUGGCUGGAUGCAGUCAGCCUUUCACUCAUCUGUGCAGUGGUUGGGUGGUAUAGAGCACAUGGGGAUGCCCUAUCAUUGGAGGCAUCUAUCUAGAACAGAGUUUAGUUUCGAUGGAGAGAUAGCUAGUAAAACUGUUGUGUAGUUGUGUAGUCUAGAGUGUACAGAAUGACUAGACUACAACCGUGUAGGAGGAGGUAGGAGUAUCACACAACUGCUGCUUCUCUGAUAUCUGUUCAGCCUAUGUGGUUGAUCACACAGAUAAGAGGGUAGAUGCAUGCAACAGGCAACAAGAAUGAUCAACAAAGGGGUGUAAUGGGUUGGCACUCAAAAAUAUGUUGAGAAUGACCAACCCUAGUGCUAUAGCUGCUGUGUGUGAAGGCUUAUGUUCCAGCCCAACACAAAUACAUGUAUGUGAUUCACUUAACUAAGACCUUGAUUAUGAGUUCACUAGUUGAAUGAGGUGUGUUUGGGCUGAGCUGAGCUGGAACAAAAGCAUGCACACCAUCUAGGUCCCCAGGAUCAGCAAUGAAGAACAUACAGAGCCACACAUAAACAAAAUGAUAUGCUCUUAUAAUCAAGAAAUUAUACAAUCUAGACUUCAUUUUUGUAGAGGAUGCACAAUGUCAGUAAACCAGUCUUAAAGGGAUAGUUCACCAACAUUUUGUAACUAUCCCUUUAACAUAUUUCUGCAUGGUGUUUCCACACCGAAGGCACCUGGUAGUAGAUUUAGUGAUAAGGCCAACUAACUUAGAUCUGCAGAAAAUAUAUGCAGGUCAGAGAUAUUAUCUCAUUUUUAUGUGUUUUCAAUAUUACAUGCAGAUUUUCAACUCAAAGCAUUCAGAUAAAUACGUCACACCCGGAGACAGAAGUUAGACAUAAAGACGUGACGGAUAGACAUAGAGAUCAGAGAUGGAGCUCAAAUACAACAUGUCGAAGUACCUGGUGAGUAUAACAGUCAGCAUGUGAUAAAGCUACUGCUAAGGUUUUUUGUGAUACUGAAAAUUGUAUGUAACAAUUGAUUACAUUUAACAGACACUCUUAUCGAGCGCAAUUAAGGUUAAGUCCCUCACUCAAGGGCACAUCCAAAGAUGUUUCACCUAGUUGGCUCAGGGAUUCAAAACAGCGACCUGAUAGGCUACUUGCUGCUUAGUAAAGAUUACCAUAUGUAUACUAAUUUGCCAUACUUUUAAUGCUAUAUACUUGUGAUGUACUCAUUAAUUUAGCUCAUAACGAAAAACGGAUUGGUUGCAUCAUCUCUAAUGUAUUCAUUAGUACAGGGCAGAAUCACAUCUGAUUUGGACAUUUUGAUACAUUUAAUUGAUAACAAUACAAAUAGAACACUUUCUGUCUCAUGGUUUUUGAUCAGCCUGUUUGUGCUUAAGUUUCAGCACUAUUCAUUUGUUAGAUAACUUCUAAUAUAUUUACUUGUAUUUCUAUCUCUUCCCGUCCUCAGGUUCUGUGCUGUGUGUCUAUGCUGCUGGGCCUGACCAUGGCGAAAGGAAAGGAGGGGACAAAGGAGAGGUGUAAGGACACACUGACCAUCCCUUCAGACUACUACAAGAUUCCCACAGAGGAAUCAGAGGGAAAUGGGAACAUUCACACACACUCUCUGUCCCCCUGGACCUGGAAGUGAGUUACAUUUCAAUCAUUUAGCAGACACUCUUUUCCAGAGUGACUUACAGGAGCAAUUAGGAUUAAGUGCCUUGCUCAAGGACACAUUGACAGAUUUUUCACCUAGUCGGCUCAGGGAUUUGAACCAGCAACCUUUCGGUUACUGGCCCAAUGCUCGUAAACCGCUAGGCUACCUGCUGUGAAUUUACAUUAACACACACACUAAGGUAUUUGAUACUGUACCUAAAGGAAUAGUUUUCAAAAAUAUUGACCUCGAUAGGAGUUAUGUGACUGUUUUAUAAUGUUAAUACAAGCUCUAUGUAACGCCUGUGAAAACUAUCCCUUCAAUGACAUACCCAAAUCUAACUGCCUGUAGCUCAGGACCUGAAGCAAGGAUAUGCAUAUUCUUGCUACCAUUUGAAAGGAAACACUUUGAAGUUUGUGGAAAUGUGAAAUUAAUGUAGAAGAAUAUAACACAUUAGAUCUGGCAAAAGAUAAUACAAACAAAAAAACAGUUUUCUAUUUAUAUUUUUGUUCCAUCAUCUUUGAAAUGCAAGAGAAAGGCCACAAUUUAAUAUUGCAGUUUAGAAGUAAUUAACAUGUUGGCCACUAGAUAGCAGCAGUGUGUGUGCAACGUUUCAGAUUGAUCCAGUGAAGCAUUGCAAUACUGGACUAUUUUGUAUCAAGUCUGCCCAAAUGUGCCGAAUUGGUCAAUUGAUACAUUUUCAAGUACAUAACUAUAGAGAACAUACAAAAAUUAUAUGGUAAUACAAAAUAUAAAAGUUUACACACUCCCAGGAAUGUCAUACAUGAUGGAUCAUUAGCUUAUACACUAACUUUCACACAUCUAGAUGGCCGGGCAGGGUGGGUUUGGAGCCAGAGACAGCAGGGGUUCAAAUUGUAGAACCCAGUUCCUACAUUUGAAUAUAAAAAUUGAUUUUAUCAAACAAAACUAUGCUACAUUGUAUCUCUGGGACCCUUAGGAUGACAAAUCAGAGCAAGAUUACUGAAUGUAAGUACAUUAUUUACCUUCAGAGGUGAAUGUAUCAAACCAGUUGCCGUGAUAAGUUUGUUGUUGUUGUGCGCUCUUCUCAAACAAUAGCAUGGUAUUUUGUCACUAAUAGCUACUUUAAAUUGGACAAUUCAGUUAGAUUAACAAGAAUUUAAGCUUUCUGCCCAUAUAAGACAUGUCUAUGUCCUGCAAAGUUUUCUGUUCCUUACAACAGUCAUGCUAAUCACAUUAGCGCACGUUAUACGGGACUUAGAUCCCGUAGAGGUUAAGUGGUUUUCUUCUCUCUCUGUUUCAUCUCUAGACCCACUACAGUGGAGAACCGUAUUCCUCCGACCAUCUGGGAGGCCGAGUGCAGCUUUAUGUACUGUGGCUAUCCCACCAACAGCAGCCAGUACGGGCAGAACUCUGUGCCUAUCUACCAGCAUGUCCUGGUGCUCUACACUUCAGCCACCAGGAAGUGCUACAGCGUCUCCUUCCUGUCUGUGGCCGUGGGGUGCACCUGUGCCUGGGCAAUGACCUAUUGA